AAAUGACGCAGAUAAGCCUAAGUUGUGAUUAACUAAAUCAAUUGCAAUUUUACAUUAAACAUUUAUAUAAUCAAACAAGUCAUCGACAAUCCUAGUUUCCACCUGAUUCAAAUAUAUCUUGGAAGAUUCAUAAACAUCAACAGCAUCUGCUGCAAAGACUCAAAUCCCAACUUAUUCGGUUGCUCGCAGCUGCGAUCUCUCUGAUUUCUCCACAAUAAAAGGGAAGUGCUGAAAGAAAAAAACAAAGAAUAUAUGUGAAAAGGAAAAGAGAAGAGAAUUGCAACACUGCAAUCAAUCAAUCAUUGAUCACAGAGACGAUUCUCCGCGCCAUUGCGAGAGGUGGAGAGAUAGAGGAAUAGGUAUGCGCAUAUAAAUGUAUCGACGCAGACGCAAGAGGAAAGAAUAAAAACUGCAUGGGUUUCGUGUUGAAGUUUUUUUUCUUGCAUUUUACGGAUUAAAUUCGCGUCUGCUUUGACAUAAGUAUCUCGCUCUUGUCGUUUACUUGCGCCAAGUUCAUGUUUUUAAGGUGGUUGAGUGGUUUGCACCUUAGCCCUAUUUUCGCGAUUUUCCUUUUUCUUAUAUUUUGAUGGUCUAGUUUUGGUGGUUUGCUUGAUUGCGGUGGUGCAUUGCAGUUGUGGAUAAAGUUUGCUGAUGGCAUGGUAGGUGGGUCGCUUUGAAUUCUCUGCUCUUUUCUGUUUUCGGUUAGUCGGUGCCGAUUGGAGUUUUCUUCUCAGUCCCAGUUCAAUCUGGGGAAGUUUCCAUCUCAUGUGUUUUAAAUUCGGAUAAAUUGGGAUUUUUGUGAUAUUUGUGAUUUUGUUCUCAUGCGUUGAAAUCGGGGAAAUUGGGGUUUUUGGUUAAGGUUUUGCUGAUAAUAUACUUGUUAGAUUUUAGGUCUUGAGUACUUUAGUAUGAGGAAUUGAGUUUUAGCUGAAGAGUAGUUUGAUCUUGAGGGUUGUUGUGGUGGAUUCAUUUGAUCUAAGAAUGAGUUCUAGUGUCUCAGAAGCUGUUGCUCAUACGGGCAAGCUCGUGGUUAACAUUGCUGAGAAUGGGCACUCGUGUAAGAUUGAGUGUGAUGAAUGCACUCUAGUUGAGGCAGUGCAGAGUUUCCUAGAAUCAGCAUGUGGUAUACCGGCCAGUGAUCAGCUUCUUCUGUGCUUGGACUCGAAGCUUGAACCCCAUAGAACCCUCUCAGCUUACAAGCUUCCAUCUGAUGAAAGGGUAGUUUUUCUGUUUAAUAGGAUGAGGAUGCGGAGUCAGUCACCGUAUGUUGAGCCCGUGCAGGUUGAGAUCAUUGAUAUUCCUGAUCCCCCGUUGCCAUCUCCAUCUCAAAACUCUCUUGCUCUGGAUGAUGCUUCUGAUCCUGCUCUCAAGGCCUUGCCUUCGUAUGAGAGGCAGUUCAGAUAUCAUUUUGACCAUGGACAUGCGAUUUAUAGUCGUACUCAAGCAAAAAUUGAGAUGUGUGAGAGGCUUUUGGAAGAGCUGACGGUGCAAGAGAAGGCCUUGGCGAUUGCUAGUGGUAAUUUGGAUAAUUACUAUAAGAGGAUCGAUCAAAACUACGUUGAUUUUAUGAAAUCCUAUUCGCAGCAGCACUGUUUUCAUACCAACCUUCUAGCCACGUUCGCGAGGGAUACGGAGAAACUGAGAUCUAUAAGAGUUCUGCCGGCCUUACAGACUGCUAAUUGCAAGUGCUUGCUGGAUUUUGUGAAGGAAGAAAACUUGCAGAAGACAUGGAAGGAUUGCAGCAGUUUGCACAAGCAGUUCCAGAAUAAGGUUUCGGAGUUUAAACUUGAAUAUGGAGAGCUUAGGAACAAUGCAGAACAUAUAUUAUCUGACAAAGCUUCGUUUCUUAUCAAAGACUUGGAGUCAUCUAUAAGAGGUGGCCAACCGAUUAUCGCUGAGCUGAAGAGCAUAAUGCAGACGUUAAGUGAAGAUGUGAAUACUGUGAAGAAGCUCGUGGAGGACUGUCUUUCCUGUCAGAUGUCGUCUUCACUGCGUCCUCAUGAUGCAGUCUCAGCACUUGGGCCAAUGUAUGAUAGCCACGACCAAAAUCAUCUUCCGAGGAUGCAGGCAUGCGAGGGUGCAAUUUCCAGUUUGCUCGAUUUCUGCAGGGAUAAAAAGAAUGAGAUGAAUAUCUUUGUGCACAGUUUUUUGCAAAAAAUUGCUUACAGCCAGUACAAGAUUAAGGACAUACGUUACAAGUUUUCUUUGUUCCGUGAGGCUUUAAAGCGUCAAGACGAACAGUUUAAGCAAUUAAAAGUUGUUCGUGGAAUUGUUCCUGCGUACAGAGCGUGUCUUGCUGAAGUCGUGAGGAGAAAAGAAGCUAUAAAAAUCUAUAUGAGCAAGGCGGGUCAGUUGGCUGAAAAACUUGCUAUGGGGAGGAAUACUGAGGUUAGGAGACGUGAGGAGUUCCUUAGAGUGCAUUCUACUUUUAUCCCUCGAGAUAUUUUAGCAUCUAUGGGAUUGUAUGACACCCCAGGUACUUGUGACAUAAAUGUGGCUCCUUUCGACUCUAAUUUGCUUGACAUAGACCUUGUAUAUUUAGAGCGCUAUGCUCCUGAGUCCUUGCUAGGGCUCUUCUCAAAGAGUGAGAAGCAUGGGACUCUCAAAAGCUCGUUGUCCAUGUCUGACAAUAGUUAUCGAGCAGUUGAAGCAGAAGGGGUACCGGGCCACCUUGAGAAGUAUGAUUAUGGGGAAGUGCUCGAUGAGUUGGAAUUGGUUGGGAUUGCAGGCACUAGCAAGAUGGAAAUUGAGAAUGCAAUGCUGAAAGCUGAACUUGCUUCGAAAGUUGCCCUAAUUUGUUCCAUGAGUGUGGAGCUUGAUUAUGAAUCACUCGAUGAAAGUAAACAAGAUAAUUUACUGAAAAACGUGGCAGAAAAGACUUCCGAAGCAUUAAAUCUGAAAGAUGAAUACGGAAAACACCUCCAAUUGAUGCUGAAGGCAAAGCAGAAGCAGUGUGAAUCCUAUGAGAAACGGAUUCAAGAAUUGGAGCAGAGGCUCUCUAAUCAGCAUAUGCAAGGGGAUGAUGAGCCUAGUUUGACAGUUUCAACUACAAAGACUGAUGAUAACAAGCCAGAGGUAUCGGGGUCUGAAUCCGUUCACAUACACCGAGUAGUGGAGGAGGUGUUGUGUGCAUCUAGAACUUCAAAAUCUGGGAUUUUAAAUGAGCACGUUGACAAGUCACAAGAAGGAUCGGAUGAAAAAAUUACUGAUUCCUCUAGUAUGCUGAAUUCUCAGCUGGAUUCAUUGAUGCUAGAUCCACACCUUGAAAAAGGGCAUCUCUGCGAUAAAGAUAAGAUGGCAGCACCACAGUCAGAUGCUGAGACGAACAUCACUUCAAGUAAUAUGGCUGUCUGUAUGUCUCAGCUGAUUACGCCAGAUUUAGAUGGUAAAAGAAAUGGUGGACUUUUGGCAGAGCUGCAAAAUGCGCUAGCAGAUAAAUCAAGCCAAUUAGACGAUGCGAAAGCCAAGAUUCAAGCAUCAACUGAUGAAAUUUCCAGACUCAGGGGUGAUUUGGACGCCAAUCAGAAGCUACUAGAUGAAUCUCAGAUGAACUGUGCUCAUUUGGAGAAUUGCUUGCAUGAAGCGAGGGAGGAAGCUCAAACACAUCUUUGUGCAGUUAAUCGCAGAACCUCAGACUAUAAUGCAUUGCGUUUAACUGUUGUCAAAAUGUGUGGUCGCUUUGCAAGACUGAGAAACUGCAUUUCAUCAAUCGAGGUGGCUGCAUUAGCCGACUCUUUACAUGCUCUAUCGCAGUAUUUAUCAAGUUCUCCGAGUGAGGCCGGUGAUGAUAGUGCUUCUGAGUUCUGCGAAUGCAUUCAAACACUUGCCGUUAAGGUUGGUCUAUUGUCAAGCCAGCGUGCAGAAUUCCUAGAAAGAUCCUCGAAAGCUGAAGCUGCAAAUAAGCAGCUUAAGAAAGAGCUAGAAGAGAAAAAAGAGUUGGUUAACACACUCUAUGUGAAGCUUAAUUUGGAAAAGCAGGCGAACAAAGAAAAGAUUUGUUUAGGUCGUUUAGAAAUCCACAAGCUCGCUGCUUUCGUCCUCAACUCCUCCGGGCACUAUGAGGCUGUCAACCAUAGCUGCCCUUACUAUUUUCUUUCAGUUGAAUCUGUCGCGUUAUUUACUGAAAAUGCUUCCCAAAAUCAGAGUUACAUUAUAGGGCAGGUGGUUCAUAUUGAACGACGGGUGGUGAAGCCUCCUCCGCCAACCCUAGAGCAAGCUGAUGAUAGUAAUGAUACACCGGCCUCCUCCGAGAGUGGAGGCAACCAGUCGAUUGUUGAUCAAGGUUCGAUUCCCAAUCCCUACGGUCUUCCCGUUGGGUGUGAAUAUUUUAUAGUGACUAUAGCCAUGCUACCCGAAGCCGUCCUCUUUCCUGAUCUUGUUGCAGAAAGAUGUGAUGGAAGAGACCAAGUGUAAAUAUUUCGGAAGUUUAGUGAGAGUAUGGCUGGGUCCCUUCUCUAACAAUUAAAAUCCAAUCUUUUUUGUAUAUAGACUUUGCAACUCUUGUCAAUAACUUAUAAAUUUUUAUCUUUUACA